GUAUAUACCGGGUGUCUUAGGCCCAGCGCCCACAGAAGUGGUAUUGGCUUAUGGCGUGGCAGUGGUGUGGCACCGACGUGGCAGCGGCCUGGCGUUUUGACGCCUACUAAAGUGGCACAGAAGCAGCACACAAAAUGCAAAUUUAGUCAUUACUACAAUGUCGUCUUCAGAGGACGAAGAUGUUCUUGCUUUAGUGCAUUUAAAUAAUAUUCAAAGAAGACGAUAUUGGGUACAUCCUUUAUGGAAAAAGAAAAACAAAAAAUAUGGCAGCUUUAAUGUAUUUAAAGAGCUAAAUCAGUAUCCAGAACGGUUUCAGUCUUUUUAUCGAAUGUCUAAAGACUGUUUUACUCGGCUACUAAACAUAAUAAAACCAAAAAUAACUAAAAAGAAUACAAACUGGAGAAAUUGUGUUAGUGCAGAAGAGCGAUUAUUAAUAACUCUUAGAUACUUUGCCACGGGCUCAUCUUUCAAGUCCUUACAAUUUUAUUUUUUAAGGGGACAUACAGCAAUACGAAAAAUUGUUUAUCACACAGCUAAGAUGUUAUGGAAAACUCUACAGCCACAGUUUUUACCAAAACCGACUAGUGAAAAAUGGUUGGAUAUCGCUGAACGCUUUUAUAGUCUAUGGAAUUUACCUAAUUGUAUUGGGAGCAUUGACGGCAAGCACAUUAGGAUAAAAGCACCCCCAAAUUCAGGAUCUGCAUUCCACAACUAUAAAGGUUUUUUUUCUAUAGUGCUGUUAGCUGUUGUCGACGCAGAUGGCUUAAUUAUUUCUGUAGAUGUGGGUGAAUAUGGCCGCAACAGCGAUGGGCGUGCGUUAAAAGAAAGUAAAUUUGGAAAGUGUCUGGUUCGAGGAGAACUUAAUAUACCAGAUCCAACUCCUCUACCUGGUGAAGAUGUAAAUAUUGGUUUUGCCUACUACUUUGUAGGUGACGAAGCAUUUCCGCUCAGAAGCGAUCUUAUGAAACCAUUUGCCCGCAAUCAACAUACCAAUGAAAGAAGAAUGUAUAAUUACAGAAUUUCUCGGGGACGCAAAUCAGUGGAAUGCUGCUUUGGUAUGUUAAUUACUAAAUUUGGAAUAUUGCAAACGCUGUAUGAAAACGAAAAGGAUUGAUAUAAUAAUCCUAGCAAUAUGUGCUUUACAUAAUUUUAUUCGUAUUUACGAUGGAAUUUUUUCCACACCUAAACAACCAAACAAUAUUCAGCACAUACCUGUUCAGGAUUUGCAAAUACAAAGA